UCCUGGCGUUGCUACAGCUCUCUGAUCCUGGGAUCCUCUUCAAUUCCAGCUAGAAUGCUGCAUCAGGCACUUAAUAGAUUUGGUAAUAAACUGGUACGCAGACCUACACUGGAGGAACCUGUGGCUGAGGAUGACCCGCGGAGAAGGCUGAGCACUCUGGAUUUAGUGACCCUGGGUGUGGGCAGCACAGUGGGUGUAGGUGUGCAUGUCCUGGUUGGCGAGGUGGCUGGCAGUCAAGCAGGACCAUCCAUUGUGAUCUGCUUUUUGGUGGCUGGACUAUCUUCUAUGUUGGCCGGGCUGUGCUAUGCAGAGAUUAGUACCUGGGUUCCCUAUUCUGGCUCUGCAUAUCUCUACAGUUACGUCAAUGUAGGGGAACUCUGGGCCUUCAUCACUGGCUGGAACUUUAUCCUCUCCUAUGUUGCUGGUACAGCCAUUGUGAUCCAGGCUGGGACCUUAGCUUUUGACAUUCUACUUGGGAACCAAAACAGUCACACCCUUCAUGAGAGCAUCGCACAGCAAGUUCCCCGUGUCCUUGUAGAACAUCCAAACUUCUUUGUUGUGAGCCUUGUGUACUUCCUCAUAGAAUUGCAGACUCUGAGGUUUAGUCAGUCUUUCCUGGUUACAAAAGUGAUCACAUUAGUAAAACUUUUGGUUCUUGGUUUUGUCAUUAUCUCUGGCUUCAUUAAGGGGGACCUGCAUAACUGGAAGCUCACAGAAGAGGACUUCUUAAAGGCUGGAUUCAAUGACACCUCUACUUCAGGCCAUAUGGGCUCUGGAGGAUUUGUACCUUUUGGCUUUGAGGGGAUUCUCCGUGGAGCAGCUGCCUGUUUCUACGCAUUUAUUGGUUUUGAUAUUAUUGUUACCAGAGUUGAAGAAGCCCAGAAUCCCCAGCGUUCCAUCCCCAUGGGCAUUGUGAUUUCACUGUUCAUGUGCUUUUUCUUGUAUUUUAGUGUCGCUGCGGCACUUACACUUAUGGUGCCUUACUAUCAGCUUCAACGUGGAAGCACCUUGCCUGAGGCAUUUCUCCAUAUUGGCUGGGCCCCUGCCUUCUAUGUGAUAGCUUUUGGUUUCCUCUGUAGUCUUUUGGCCAAUGUCUUGGGAUUUAUGGUCCCCAUACGUCACAUGAUAUAUAAGAUGGCACAGGAUGACUUCCUAUUCCCUGCCCUUGACAGGAUCCAAACCGGCACAUAUACCCCUCUCAUGGCAAAUGUGAUCUUUGGCAUUAUUGCACCAAUCAUGGCCUUCUUCUUUGGACUUAUUGAUCUUUUGGACCUCAGUUCAAUUGGGAUGCUGCUUACUCACAGCCUGGUGGCUACUUGUGUUCUGAUCCUCCGAUAUAAGCCUGAGAGGAAGAAUGGCGGAACUGAAGCAGAGGUGCUGGAGGAGGAUGGAUUUGCAGCAGAGGAGCUGACUCUACAGGGACUAAUUUUUCCUCUCAGCCCCAUCCCCACUCCACUCUCUGGCCGGGUUGUCUAUGUUUGCUCCUCACUGCUUGUUCUGCUGAUCAUUCUUCUGUGCCUGGUGCUGACCCAGUGGCCAUGGCCAGUUCUGCUUUCUGGAUACCCAGUGUGGAUUUCAGUGGUAGUGCUGCUCCUGGUGCUCAUUGCUGGGAUCACUGGGGUCAUCUGGAGACAGCCACAGAGGUCCAGUCCCCUUCACUUUAAGGUUCCUGCUCUGCCCCUCCUCCCACUACUGAGCAUCUUUGUGAAUGUUUACCUUAUGAUGCAGAUGACAGGUGGCACCUGGGCCCGAUUUGGUGUCUGGAUGCUGAUUGGGUUUGCUAUCUACCUUGCCUAUGGGAUCCAGUACAGCAUGUUCACUGAACCCCACCCAAGUCAGAGCCAAAACUAUAGAACUUGAAUUCAACAAUGUCAGUACCUAUUUUGAGAUCAUCAUACCUGAAUGCAGUCUGGUCUCUUGCACAAUAGUGGAUAAUACUCUUGAUCACAUGGAAAUCUGGGCCUCCCAUGGAUUGUUUGUGGGGGAACACUAAUAGAGCUCUCUAUUUAUUAUAAAAGAAAGGAUGUGUCUUUGUUCGUCCUUUUUACCCCCUUUUAUUAUUCUACUUGCAUUUGUGUCCGUAACUGCUU